CUUCAGACGAGCAGGAACCUCAGAAGGAGGUGGAUCGCUGCGCCUACUUCCUUACACCAUCUCUCACCUCUCACACUCUCAUUUAAGUUCUCUAAUCCAAGAUGAAUCCCGAGAACGUCGCCCUGCAAGCACUGCGGGACGCACUACAGAAGGAGGUAUGGAAUAUGCAGAUGGAGGCAAUAGACGGUUUUGCCAAAGACAUGCAGAAACGCAAGAUAGAAUUAUCUGUGACUAUAGAAGGAGAGGAAUCUAUUCUUUCAGAAGUUCGUUCAGCAACUUCUGCAUUAAAAGGCAAGGCCCAAACUGCUAUGACAACUAGGGAGUGUCUGAUAUGUCAAGAAGUGUGUCAGCCGGCAGAAGAAACCAGUAUGACAGCCAACAUCGUUGACAAGGAUAAUGAAGUAGACAAAUCUUCAGAGGAAGCAGAGUCAGACGACAACAAAAUUAAGACGGACAAAUCAGAAAAGAGUGACGAUAAUGAGAAGCACAAUAAGAAAGCCAGUGAAGUGGACAAGGAAGAAAAGAAAGAUGACAUAAUUAAGACGGAAAAGGUGGACGAGAGUGAGGAGAAUAGGAGGAAAAUUGGCAAUGAAAUGGCAGUGGACAAGGUCACACAGGAAAGAGUGAUCAGGAAAACAAUCAUUUUAAGACUGGUAAGAGAAAAUGGGAAGCUGGUAUGCCAGGUGAGAGACGGGGAAUCUGGCCGAGGUGCAAACCAACUAGAGAAGACUAUGGCAGCGAUCCCUGCGACCAGUGAGACGAGAAUAUCCCUGCAGUUAACUCUAGAUGAUGGUGAAGAAAAGCAUAAUAAAUUGUCAUCAAUUGAAGAUAGCAACGUGGCAACUUUUCUGCACGAGUUUUUGUGUGACAUUCGCCAACAAGUUGAAAACAUAUUUGAAGGUAGCCAUUUACUUGACGAGCCCCGGAAGACUCUAGUGGGUGAAAGCAAGUCCAUUGAAGAUUCUAAUAAGACGUUGCUCAGGGAGAACCCUAAAGAGACCCAUGAAAGCCCUAAAGAGAUCCAAGAGAACCCUAAAGAUCUCCAAGAGAGCCUUAAAUAUCUCCAGGAAAGCCCUAGAGAUCUCAAGGAGAACCCCUAAAGAUCCUUGACACAUGCAUCGUCUGAGGAUGAAGAGAAACAAUAUACCGUGAUUAAUUUUGUUUACUGUGUGUGGAAUAUAUUUUAUAUUUGCAGCACCAUUUUGAGAUUCGUUUUUAUUUUGUCUGUUCUGAGCGUUGAAUUUUUUAUUUGUCACUAAGAGCAUCAGGAAAAAAGGUACAAUUAUACAAGGAAAUGGAGGUGACUUUUACAACUAACUCACUCUUUAUAAUAAAAAUUGCCUUAUACAGUACUGUUGAUUUAGAAAGGUUUACGCUGACUUUUAAAUUUUAAUUAGUUUGCGUUGAUUAUUCUGUAAUGAAAAAUCAACAAAUUAUAUCUUAUAACUUAUUGCCCCAAACUUUUUGACUUGAUGGUCUUCGGUGGAAAGAACGAUGUAUUCGAUUUUUAUGUUGUCACGGGAUUUGUUUCUGCAAUAAAAAGGUUUUAUCACUGA